UAAAUAGGGAAAAAGAACAAACACAAGAAGAGGAACAUUUGAUGGAAGAAAAGAAAAAGAAAAAGCAGGAAGAAAAGAAAAAGAAGGAAGGUGCUCAGAAAAAGGCUGCUGAACAAAAAACCAAAGUGCCAGAACCUAUUAAGACCAGUUUAAGCCAGCCCCAACCUGCCGGUACCAGUACCAGUACUUCCACCAGCACUAUUACCAACAAUAAUAAUGGCAAGCGUGCAUCUGCCAAUGGGCAGCAGCCAGCUGCAUCCCGAUACCUGCCUCGUGAGGUGCCUCCACGCUUCCGCCAACAAGAACAGAAGCAGCUCUUAAAAAGAGGCCAGCCUCUGCCUGCUGGAACUCUGAUCAGCACAAGCCCAGCGCAAAGUACUGGACAAGUAGGAACAAGUCCUCCUCCACAACCAGGAGUAGGUGGACAUCACCACCCCAGUAAGACCCAGAUCCCCACAGACCUUGGCCACAGUGGAUUGGGAGACAACUAUGAGAAUACGCACUGGGGACAGCAGCCCACUUUCCGAAGUGAAGCCAGUUGCGGCUGGGAUAAAGUGAUAAUAGACAGGACUGACAAGGAAGCGUGGCCUUCCAUUACAGGAACUGAGACUGAGUCUGCCUCAGAAUGUACUACAGACACUGACUCUGCCUCCAACUGUGGCUCUGAGAAUAGUAGCAUGGCUACAGGGAGUGCCCAAGGCAACUUCACUGGACAUACAAAGAAACCCAAUGGCAAUAAUGGCACCAAUGGAGCACUCAUCCAAAGCACUUCUAACCAGAGUGCCCUUGGAGCUGGGGGAGCAAAUGGUAAUGGAAACUCGACCAGAGUGUGGGGUGUUGCCACCAAUUCUAACUCUGGCUUAGCUCACUGCUCUGCUAGUGGUGGGGAUGGAAAGAUGGACAACAUGAUUGGAGAUGGUAGAAGUCAGAAUUGCUGGGGUGCUUCCAACUCAAAUGCUGGCAUUAAUCUUAACCUUAACCCCAAUGCCAAUCCAGCUGCCUGGCCUGUACUUGGACAUGAGGGAACUGUGGGAGCAGGCAACCCUUCCAGUAUUUGCAGUCCAGUUAGUGCCAUAGGUCAGAACAUGGGCAACCAGAAUGGGAACCCAGCAGGCACCUUAGGUGCUUGGGGAAACUUGUUGCCACAAGAGAGCACAGAACCACAAACGUCCACUUCUCAGAAUGUGUCUUUCAGCGUACAACCUCAGAACCUUAACACUGAUGGACCAAAUAACACUAACCCCAUGAACUCUUCACCAAACCCUAUCAAUGCAAUGCAGACAAAUGGACUGCCAAACUGGGGCAUGGCUGUUGGCAUGGGGGCCAUCAUCCCACCCCAUUUGCAAAGCCUUCCUGGUGCUAAUGGGACAUCAGUUUCUCAAGUCAGUGGGGGUAGUGGUGAAGGAAUGGGCAAUUCAGUGUGGGGAAUAUCCCCAAAUAAUCCUGCCACAGGAAACAGCAAUUCUGGGUUCAGUCAGGGGAAUGGAGACACUGUGAACUCAGCAUUAACUGCUAAGCAAAAUGGAUCCAGCAAUGCUGUGCAAAAGGAAGGGAAUGGAACAAAUGCGUGGGAUCCUGCCAGUCCUGGAGUCUUAGCAUGGGGCAGGGGCAAUGGCAACAAUAGCGUUGGUAGUAUGCAUUCUGGUGCUUGGGGACAUUCAAACCGCAGCACUAGCAAUGGUAUUAAUGGUGAAUGGAGCAAACCCCCAAACCAGCAUUCCAGUAAUGACAUCAGUGGAAAAGGAUCAACAGGGUGGGAUAGCUCUAAUGUUACCAACCAGAAUCCUGCCAUGCAACAGGGCAAUGAUCAAAUAAACUCUUGGGCCAAAGCUGCAGCAACUGGCAACACAGGUAGUGAAGGAAGUAAUGAUAGUAAUGGAAGUCAAAAUGAAGGCAGUACUGGAAGAGAAGGCCCUGGAGAGUGUCGAAGAAGAGAUAAGGGAAUGAUAGACCAAGGACAAGUCCAACUGCCAAGGAAUGACCUUGACCCCAGGGUUCUUUCCAACACUGGAUGGGGACAGACGCCUGUAAAACAAAACACUGCCUGGGAAUUUGAAGAAUCUCCAAGGUCUGAUCGAAAGAAUGACAAUGGAACUGAGGCCUGGGGUUGUGCAGCUACUCAGCCUUCAAAUGCAGGGGGCAAGAAUGAUGGGUCCAUCAUGAACAGUACAAAUACCUCUUCAGUAUCUGGGUGGGUCAGCUCUCCACCCGCAUCCGCUCCAACUAAUACAGGUUGGGGUGAUAACAAUAACAAAGCAUCCAACGGCCCUGGGGGAUGGGGAGAGCUAACAAAUUCAACUGCUGUCAAUAAUGCUGCUGCUGCCAAAAGUGGCCACACUUGGAGUGGGACCACAAAUCAGGAGGACAAGUCGCCUACUUGGGGAGAACCUCAAAAACCCAAAUCUCAAAACUGGGGAGAUGGACAGAAAUCAAAUCCAGGCUGGACUUCAAGUGGUGGAGAUUGGGUUGAUUCCUCAUCUAUCUCUGGACACUUGGGAGAUGGGAAAAAGAAUGGUUCUGGAUGGGAUGCUGACAACAGAUCAGGGUCUGGUUGGAAUGACACUACACGUUCUGGGACCAGUGGAUGGGGAAAUGGCACAAAUAGCAAAGUUAAUACAGGUACAAGCUGGGGAGAAUCUUUAAAAUCUGGUCCCCAACAAAAUUGGGCUUCUAAAUCCCAGGACAACAAUGUGAGUAAUUGGGGAGGAGCUGCUUCUGUUAAACAGACUGGAUCAGGAUGGGUUGGUGGGCCACUCCCAGCCAAACAGAAAGAUAACAGUGAAGCAACUGGGUGGGAAGAGCCCUCUCCACCCUCCAUUCGGCGCAAGAUGGAGAUAGAUGAUGGUACCUCAGCUUGGGGUGAUCCAAAUUACAAUAACAACAAGACUGUAAAUAUGUGGGAUAGAAACAAUUCUGUAAUCCAGAGCAGUACCACAGCUACCACCACUACCACCACUAUCAACGCAAACAUGACUGAACCACAGCCACCGCACCAGUCAAGUGCCCAGUCAAACCGGUCCCCGCUACUUGGCCCAGCAGGUUGGGGAGAGAUGCCUGCUGUCCAUGCAAAGCCUGAAGUUUCAUGGGGAGAACCUUCCUCCCCUUCUGCUGCAGUUGAUAAUGGCACUUCAGCCUGGGGGAAGCCCCCUAGCAGUGGUACAGGGUGGGGAGAUAACUCUGCUGAGUCAGCAGGGACAUAUGGAAGAGUGAGCGCACCAGCUGCUGCCCCAGCACUGUGCAAACCAGCUUCUAAAUCUUCUAUGCAAGAAGGCUGGGGCAGUGGUGGAGAUGAAGUAAAUCUCAGUACAAGUCAGUGGGAAGAUGAAGAAGGAGAUAUGUGGAAUAAUACUGCUUCGCAAGAGAGCAAUUCCUCUUGUAGCUCCUGGGGGAAUGCCCCAAAGAAAGGACUUCAGAAGGGCAUGAAGACAUCUAGUAAGCAAGAUGAGGCCUGGAUCAUGAAUCGUCUGAUAAAACAGCUUACAGAUAUGGGCUUCCCAAGAGAGCCAGCAGAAGAGGCCUUAAAGAGUAACAGUCUGAAUCUAGAUCAGGCCAUGAGUGCUCUGCUGGAAAAGAAGGUGGAAAUGGACAAGCGUGGAAUGGGAGUAGCUGACUACAAUGGAAUGGUCACCAAACCCCUUGGCUGCCGCCCACCACCGAUCUCCAAAGAGUCUUCCAUGGACCGCCCCACCUUCCUGGACAAGGAUGGCGGCCUAGUGGAAGAGCCCACUACUUCACCAUUUUUGCCUUCACCAAGCCUGAAGCUCCCCCUUUCAAACAGUGCACUCCCUAAUCAGACCCUGGGUGGGAUUGCCUCAGGGCUGGGCAUGCAAAACUUGAAUUCUUCUAGACAGGUAAGGUACCUUUUCAGUGACAACUGUGUGAAAGUCGGUUGCUGUGUUAGUAAAAGGAAUAUGUUUUUUCCUAUUUCAAUAUCCUUUUUUCAUAUGGUUCUCCGUAACCUCACUCCCCAGAUUGAUGGCUCUACACUGCGUACUCUAUGCUUGCAACAUGGUCCUCUUAUUACAUUCCAUCUGAACCUGACUCAAGGGAAUGCUGUGGUCCGAUACAGUUCCAAGGAGGAAGCAGCAAAGGCUCAGAAGUCUCUGCACAUGUGCGUUUUGGGGAACACUACCAUCUUGGCUGAGUUUGCUGGAGAGGAGGAAGUGAACCGUUUUUUAGCACAAGGCCAGCCACUGCCCCCCACUUCCAGUUGGCAGUCCAACACUGGAACCACUCAGACACGUUUGGGCUCCACAAGCAGUUCUCAUGGCAUGGUGCGCAAUGAUGCAGGCCACUGGAAUACCCCCUGCCUUGGUGGGAAAGGGAGCAGCGAUCUGCUCUGGGGUGGGGUCCCUCAGUAUUCAAGCAGCCUUUGGGGUCCUCCCAGCACCGAUGACGGCAGGGUUAUCGGAAGCCCAACGCCUUUGAAUACUCUUCUCCCAGGGGAUCUUCUCAGCGGGGAAUCCAUCUAGGAUGCCAGAAAAACAAAAUGGAAGUAACAAUCAUCAGCACUAAAGGAAAAAAAAAAAAGAAAUAGCAGUAACCCUUUCCAGUCCAGGGCAGCACGAAGGAUCCAGCUUUAAUAGAUCAGACUGGCGGCCCUUUUUUAGUACCUCUGUCUACUCUUGACUAUGAAACUCUGCUGGAAUCCCUUGUGAACUGUUUGUGUUAACAGUAUGGGGCUCCCUUUGGUCAGUGUCAUGUGCUAAUGAUAGAUUUUUGUGUGGGUUUUUUUCCAACGGCUUUUUAAUUUUAUUUUUAUGUUUGUAUGGUGUUUUUAAAGACGUAUACAAGCUGCUUAGACUAGUUCUAUCAUGAAGGGCACUUUUCAGAAUUUGGGCUGGAAAGGGUUAUUUUAUCAACUUGGGGAAGUUGGGGUUGGGAGGAAGGGGAGGUGAGAAAGCCUAUUUAAAAUGAGCCUGUGAUAAUUAUGCACAUUACCAGAGGCGGAUCCAGUAAUCAGUGGGGGUGGGGGUGGGGUGGCAUCUGACCAGCUUGUCAGCAGCUAUUGGGGAACAAAUCUUAAGCUCCCUUGGCUGGAUGACUUGGAUUGAGAGGUGGGGUGGAAUAUCCAGGUCCACUACUCCCGUGGGUCUUGCCUAUGCACAUUACACUUGUUUCAUUGCUUUUUGUGUCAUUUUUUUAAAUUCUCCCCCCAAAUAGUUCAAAGGUCUUUUUUUUAAAAAAAAAAAGAAAUGAAAGAAAGAAAAAAGAAAGAAAAAUUAACAUAUCAAACAUGCAAUUAUACUUGAAUCCAGUAGGCCAAUAACAAAAAUGUGAACACUUUCUAUUAUUACACUUCCAGGUUGGUAUCAGAAAACAAAAGAACAGGCUCUAGGAUUAUUAUUAUUUUUGGUUCUUUCUUACAUGUAUGCAUUGGGGACAAGUUGAAUUGAUGUAUGAAUGUAUGGAUGUGUGCGCGUGCCAGGUGUACAACUUAACAAAUUGUGUGACCUUUUUUUUUCUUUUCUUCUUUUUCAGUAUAUGCUUUUGAUUUGCUUAUCGGUCAAAUGUUUAAUUGUUAUUAGCUUCUAACUUUGCACUGAGUGUCCACAGCCCUUCUUGUAGCUAAUCCUACUUGGUUUUUUUAAAAAUAAAAAUUUUAAAAAACUGAUAGGAGGGGCUGGCGACAAUUCACGUGUAAAUGUUUACUCAAGGACUCUUACUGCAUUUUAAAAACUUACAGUGUGUAUCUCUGGAGAAUAAUAUGUAUAUCUACCUUUAGCAGCUUUUUAUUGUGGACUAAUGCAAGAAAAUAAUUACCGGAGUAUUGCACCAUUUUUUUCCCAUUCGAAAUAUAAAGUUUAAAAAAAAGGAAAAAAAAAAAGACUCUUGUUGAACUGUGGCCAUAAAUACUUGUAAAGAGUGGAUGGUUCCCUGCAAGCUGGAACAGAAACAAGCACUUGGACAUAGGUUUUGACUGCUUUUGGAGGAGCCUACGAUUUCAGCUCCUACCUGUUUACAAACCUUUUUUUUUUCUCCUUCAAACUUUAAAAUAAAAAAAGGAAUUAAAAAAAAGAAAAAAAAGACUUCCAUCAUAAAGAAACCUAUUUUCAGAAUGAAGAUAUGCUACUUCAGAGCUCUGGGAUUGAACAGUGUUUGUUGUUGUUACUGUUGUUGUUACUGUUGUUGUUGAUCCUUUUCUUUGGCCAUUGCUGUGUACUCUUUUUUUUCCCCUCCCUCAUCUUCGUCAGAGUGGCGAAAAAUGUUGUGAUCACUAUCUUGCACAUGGUGGAAGAUGUCUCAGGAAAGCCGGGUUUCCCGAGGAGCAACUCCACACCAUUUCAUGUAUUUUUUAAACCCAACUCCUAGCACUGAAGAUAUUAUUAAAAAAAACAAAAAACAAAAUAAAAAAGACAGUAAGAGAAGAAGAAAAAAUACCUAAUCUAAUGUGUAGCAGUUACAUAUUUACCAAAUAAUGGACUCAAAAGAAAUAGAUGUUUGAAGAGUGCUUUAUAUAUUAAAAAAAAUUGCUUUAUGUUUAAAAAUGAUCAAUGUUUUUGAUUGUUUUGAAAGGAAGAAAGACAAUGGAAUAACAUACCCUUUGAGUAUGUUUUUAAAAAUUAUAUGAACAUUGUGCUCCCUGACUGCUUGGAUCAGGAAACUUGUGCAUUACGUUUUGUUUUGUUUUGUUCAAGGUUAGCUUUUUAAUGGUUUUGUCGAAUUAAAAAGGGUCCUGCAAAAUUGCAAAUCAACAAAAGCUGGGUUUUUUUAGAGGAUCAUGAACUAUGCACAGAUUGGGUUCCAGACUUGUGUUUUCUCAAGUUUUCGUAGUGUAUUUAGCUGAAUACCCUUUUCUCAGAGCAAUUGCAUCUCAUUCUCAUUACACGCACUCUACAUAUGUAUUGUGUAUAUAUCUCUCUUUUAACACACAUACAGAUACACACACACACACAUAUUUAUAUAUAAAAUACAUAUGUGCCUAUGUGCGGAUUGAAAUAGUCAAUACAAUUUUCCAUGCUAAAAUUUAGUAAUGAAUUGUAGAAAAAAACCUCACAAUCAUUUGAAAUUGGAGAUGGACAUUUUUAAAAUAAUUCCUGUUGAAUUUUUAUUUUUUAUUUUAUUUUAAUGUUUUGCCUUUAAUUUUGAACUCAAGAUGUCUGUAACUCUGAGAUGAAAAGUUUUUAAAAGUUUGUGGCUUUUAAUGUUAUUUCUCCUCAUAGAAUGUGAUUGUUGAAAACAUGCACCAGAAGUUGCUUUCAAGAGUACAAAGAUUCUUUGAAACUUAAUAAAUUGCAGUUUUUCUUGGCUGUUAAGAAGGCAUGUGUAUUUUUCUUGUGUACAGAAAUGACUGUUAACAGAUAAUCUAGCAUUUCUAAGGCUUGCCCAAUUCAUUACCUGUUAAUUGUUCAGCCAGCAAAUAUCCGAAAUGAUUAAAAUGUCACUUUCAAUCUGUGUAUGCUAUAAUUUACAGAUUGUUGACUCGCUGCUUGUGAUUGCUUAGUGUUGUUAUUUAUGUUUGUUAGUUGCCUUUUCAAUUUCGCAAUAUAAGAUAGGAUUGGAUUUUUAUAUGAAAAAGUUGUAAAGUAAUUGUAUUUUUGUUAAAUGCUGUUUCUCUCCCCUCUUUUUUCUUUUUGUCUCUGACACAUUAGGGGAGGGGAAUCACUCAUAAUUCAAUGUAUAUACUUUACAAACAUAUUGUCAUAUUUCUGGCUAGUAUUCCUUUUGCUUUAGACUUCUUUGACAACAAAUUUUAUAUUUCCAUAUCUAUAACUGGAAGGUUUCCAAACAAUAUUAUUCAUAGUUUAGGUAUACCAAUGCUGCCAAGACUUUUUUUCCUUCUUUAUAUUUGUUUUCUUGGGAAUCUGCUUUUUUUCCUGUGACAAAAUAUUACAUCAACAUAAACGUUUAUGUCUUUUAUACAGCUACCAGAAAGAAAAGGAUUUGUAAAACACUAUAAAGUUUUUUCUUGGCCACAAUAAGAAAUUCAACAUGAAAGUCAGGUUUUCUGGGUGAUACACUCCAAAGCCAUGUUUACUUUUUAAGCUAACUCAGACUACUUACUUGUUUUGUCUUGAUCUAGCUUAAAUAAUGACAUACCCAUUUUUAAAAAUAGUUAUGUGUAUAGUACUCUAUUCAAUGUGUAUGUUCCACAACAGGAGGAUUGAUAUAAACAUUGGAAUAAGGUUUUUUUUUAAGAAAUCUGUAAAUAGUUCUGUUUUAGUCAACAAAAUGACCAGAAGGACACUCAGAUGGGUCAACAGUAACAUGUAAAAUCUCAUUUUUAGGAUUUCCUUGUAGUAAUCAUAAUAACUUGGACUUUUAAGAGCAGUCUAAACAUUUUUUUAGAGAAAAAAUUGCUAAUAUAGGAUGCUAGUACAUUGAUCUUCACAACUGUUAUCAUUUUAAAUUAGCUUAUGGACACCUACCUUGACACAUCAGAAUUCCAAUAUAAUUCAAUUUUCUUAAUACUAUUUUAGAUCAUAAACCAAAGUACCAGAUUCUUAUUUACAAGAUUGCCUUUGGGCUUCCAGAUGAGUUCCAUUGGCUUUUUUAAAAAUAAAAAGAGAGGUAUCAUCAAAAUCCUGCUUUGUUUGAGAAUCCGUACAGUAGCCCUGAAAAAAAGGCAAAGAUCAUCUGUAUCCUGCAGGACUAUGGAAUGUCCUCAUUACUUUGACUUAAGAAAUGGGUGUUUGUUUCUUUUAAUUGAUCACACCUACUAGGACAACCAGUGGCAAAAGGCCUUUUAGGGAACACUGCCAAAUAUUGUACUUUCCUAGACCACAGGAAAGCUGGCAGAUAUUUUCAUGUUUAAACUCACCAAAUAAUAAUAUGCUCUAAAUAUUACAUAAUUAACCAGUCAGGGUUAUAUUCCUUACUGUUAUGAUGUAAUGUAUGUAUUUUCAACACUGACUCCUUUCUCUUAAUAUUGGAAAGAAAUUGCACUUUUCCUAUUAGAAUGUAUAUGCCAACUCCCUAGAAUCUAGACAGCUUACAAUAUUAAAAAAAUUAUCUUCCAUUGAUAUCAAUUA